AUGGACCUGGGCAAGGCCAAGCUGCUGCGGAGCGGCAUCAACACGCUGCACCAGGCUAUCCACCCCGUCCACGGCGUAGCCUGGACUGAUGGAAAGCAGGUGUGCCUGACAACGCUCUACUUUCAGCGCGGCGAGGCAAAGUUCGGCGAUACCAACGUCAUCGGUCAGUUCGAGCACGUCUUGGGGCUCCACUGGGGCCCACUGUGUUGUCCCGACUCACCCGCCCUGCUGGCCGUGCAGCACAAGAAGCAUGUAAGCGUGUGGCAGCUGCAGCUCAGUGCAAUGGAACAGAACAAGCUGUUGUGCACGCAGACCUGCGAGAUGAGUGAGCCGUUCCCAUUGCUCGCGCAGGGUUGCGUAUGGCACCCUAAAAUGGACAUUCUUGCCCUUUUGACUAAGCGGGAUGCCUCAGUGCUGUUUUCAGUCCGGGUGGACAACAGGAGGACCAAGGCGGAUAUUAAGGGUAGCGGUUUGAUCCACUGCGCAUGUUGGACUAAAGAUGGCACCCGGUUGGUGGUGGCUAUCGGUACCGCGCUCCACUCCUACAUCUGGAACGACAUCCACAAAAGCCUCAUGUCCUGCUCCUUCUGUCCCAUUUUUGACAUUGGGGGCUACAUCUGCGCCAUCGAGGCAACAGGGGACUCUCAGGUUGCAGUAGCGACGGAGCUGCCAUUGGAGAAGCUGUGCGGGCUGAACGCCGGAAUGGCCUUUGAUGUGGACCCCUCGCGAGACCAUACGCCAGAAAAUGACCUAUCCCCAGACUCCAGACGGCUAUCGUUCGACCUUUCUGAGAGGUCCCACACACCCACCUCAGGCCCCGUGGACCUCACCCACCUCUUGGCCAGGCACCGGCGGUCAGACCCCAGCCCGCUUAUCCACCUGCAGCGCAAGGACGCAGUGACAGGCUCCGGUCAGGACUGCUCGCACCUCGUGCUGAUUACCUACGAGCGCAAGGUGGUCACCACCCGUAAAGUCAGUAUCCCAGGCAUCCUGGUGCCGGAUUUGGUGGCUUUCGAUCCGCGCGCUUCCACUGUGGCUGUGGCAUCCAACACAUGCAACAUGGUGCUGGUGUACCGCAUCACUACAUCGGCCAUGCCCAACAUCCAGCAGAUUUCGCUUCAGGCCGCCGACAGGCCCAAGGGAGUCUGUUUCCUCAGCGAAAAGGUCCUGCUGAUGAUGGUCGGCCGGCAAAAGUCCGUCGACCCUGCCUUCCUUCCAUCUUCUAACACGGAAAAGUACAUUCUGCGCCUGGUGGCUAAAGAGUUUGACGCGGAGGGUGCCCCCUCCCUUCUUAACGUAGAGCCUACUUCUAAUAUGACACGGAUUAGAAGGCACUCAGAGCACCUGCCCAAGGAGGACAGGGAGCGACAGGGUAUAAAGGACUUGGUUCUGCCCGGUGCGGGAGUCGGCUCCCGCUCACCCGGGAACAGACGAAGGCUUGUGGAGGAGGUAAGGAGCCCCGAAUCUAGUCCUGUGACCAGCUCUGUGGACUUUUCUUCCUCGGAAAGAACCCCCUCUGUCGCCGCGGAGAACUUGGACAUCGGCCGCAUGGCCACCCUGACAGCAGGCGGCCCGACCAGUAGGGACUCUAGCCGAGCUGGAUCGCCUCGACCGGAGGUUCCAUUGGAGGCCCCGUCAGGCGGAUCCUCCAGGGAGCGAGCCAUGGAGCAUCUCAUCUUCAACAUGGAGCGGCUGUUCACUCGCUUCGCAGAGGUGCAGCAGUGUCUGGGAGAGAUCCGAGAGUACGCCCAAAACGGCAAGAAGGUUCCAAGCUCUUACCCGGCCGCCUCGGAGCCCCCUUACCUCAACAUCACAUGCCAGAAGCAGCUGUCUGAGAACGUCUUCAUCGACGAGCGGCGCCCCGUACUGCUGUGUGAUGGCAAGCUGUGUCUUCGCGCGCUUUUGGAGCUUUUCAACCUCACAGCUGUGGAGAUGUUGCAUGGUCCCCUGUGGAUCGUCCUGGUGGCCGACGCAGACGGCUUUGUACCCCUGACAUUUAAGUCCAAAGACGAGCUCACUAUACGCAACGGCAAGCGCAAAUCCACUUUGCGCACCCCUGGAAGCCCAGAGACCUCUUGCCCGCCCAGUCCGGUCCCCAGCAACAACCCCAACACCACCACGGCGGAGGGAUCCACGUAG